AUGCGACUUGAAUUUUCAAGUGAUUUUGAAGACAUUGCAUUUGUGGUGAGGUACUUCAACAGAAGUGCAUGCACAGCAAGAAUAGACCAAGGAAUAAACCUAUUUGACGGCAAAGACACACACAACGGGCUUGAAGCGGUGCUAAGAGCCUUGUAUGCCUUAUACGAGCAAGACUGUGACGAUAAAAAGAUACGAGAGGCCAAAAGGCUGAGAGGAUGUCCUGAGGUUCGAAAGGUAGAGAUGUGUAUUAGUGUGCUUAUUUCUUUCCAUAACAUGUAUCGUAUGGCUAUAGUACAGGGGAGCCUAAAGAAUAAGUGUUUUAUUGAUGAAAUGGCAGAAGAGAUCAGCAAGAAAAUGCCGAUUGAUGUGGACAUUCAACUGCUGGAUAUACAGGCUGGUGAAAUAACAAAUGUAGAAACUGUUCCGGGCUUAGACAAGCUUUAUGCAGAGGAGGUUGAUGCAAAAGAAAGAAUUCAUGUGCUGAGUGGAUUGAAAGAGCAUGUUAAAAGAGAGGAUCUGCAGGGAAGGAAGUUUUUGUUUGUUACAAACAUCAAACCGAUCAAGUUCAAAGGAGAGACGUCUGGAGGGAUGAUUUUAUGUGCAAAGGAUGAAUAUGGACGAAUUGAGCCAAUUCAAGUGCCUUCUAUGGCUGAGAAUGGAGCAAGGCUUUGCUUGGAAAAUAAGGAGCAGAUACUGAAUGAUUUUUCGUCUGGAAAGGUUGAUAUGAAGAAGAGUGCAUAUGAAAAUGUGAUGCGAUCGCUUAGGAUUGUUGACCAUGUGCUGAUGUUCAAGGACACAAAAGUUGUGUGCUGUGGAGAGUAUAUCAGAACCCAAAUUGAAAACGGAUCUGUGAGUUAA